CGCACCGCCCCGGGCAGCCGCGGAAGGGGAGGGCCGGCCGGGGGUACCCUGGGAACCCACCGGCAGCCUCCGCCGCAGAGGCCUGGCCUCCGCGCCUGAUGUCCCCACGGAGCCUCCUGCAGCUCCCGUGGCCGGCCCUGCUCGCAGGGGUGGCAGCUGUUUUCUGCAUUGAAGCAGUCCUGGGGCAAAAAUUGUGUCCUAAGGCGAUGGAAAACUAUGUGGCCUCGAUGGUGCUGAGUGCAGUUGGUGACACGCUGGGCUAUAAGAACGGGCAAUGGGAGUUCUUGCAGAGUGGUCCAGCCAUCCACAAGGAGCUGGCGGAGAUGGGGGGAAUCGGCAACUUGAGCAUCCAAGGUUGGAAAGUCAGUGAUGAUACAGUGAUGCACUUGGCCACGGCCGAAGCCUUGGUAGCUGCUGGGAAAACCCCAAAUUUAGCACAUCUCUAUUCCCUGAUUGCAAAGAACUACAAAGAGUGCAUGAAUGAUAUGAAGGGCAGAGCUCCAGGUGCCACAAGUACGGCGAAUGCGCUGAAGUUGGAUCCGGAGCGGCUGGAUGGCUGGAGGGCCCUGUUCAGCCCCCAUGCAGGAGGCUGUGGGGCCGCCAUGCGUGCCAUGUGCAUCGGGCUACGUUUCUGCCACACCAGUGAGCUGGACACCCUGGUGCAAGUCAGCAUUGAGAGCGGCCGAAUGACCCACCACCAUCCUACUGCCUACCUGGGGUCCUUGGCUUCAGCCCUCUUCACAGCCCUUGCGGUGAAUGGCGUGCCUCCCCCGGCCUGGGGGAAGCAGCUGCUGGAGGUGCUGCCAAAAGCGAAAACCUAUGUGAGGGACACUGGCUUCUUCGUGGAGGAGAACAUGGGGCAAUGGCAUUAUUUUGAAGAGCAGUGGGAAAAAUACCUGGCGGAGAGAGGCAUAGCAGAUGGGAUCUCGCCACCCACCUUCCCCCCAAGGUAUGGUGUGGAAGAGAGAGACUCCUUCUACACCUCCCUCAGCUACGAUGGCUGGGGGGGCAGCAGCGGGCACGAUGCCCCUAUGAUCGCUUACGAUGCGGUGCUGGGUGCAGGGGACUCAUGGGCAGAGCUGGCUCACCGAGCCUUCUUCCAUGGUGGGGACAGCGACACCACUGCUGCCAUUGCAGCCUGCUGGUGGGGCGCCAUGUAUGGCUUCCAGGGCGUCAAUGACUCCCUCUAUGCCCAACUUGAGUACAGAGACCGCCUGGAGCAGGUGGCCAAGGCCUUGUACUGCCUCACCUAGAUGGGGGCAGCAGGGCCCCCAGGGGUGCGCUUACCUCAGAGCCACCCUCUGCUCACUCAAGGUUUAGCAAACUCCAUUUGCAAACCUGCUGGGUUAAAGCACUGGAGCAUCAGCCAGAGUCAGGUCUGCUUUUUUUGUGUGCAUGUUGGCCUCAAUGGAGGGCUGUUUUGGAGCUAGCAGUUUAGGGAUGGUGGGUGGGGGAAGCACUUACAAGGUGGUUUGAUGGGAGCAGCUGAGCCCUGGGACAUCCUUCCUCCACUGCAUGGUGGCUGCACAUCGCCUGACCCUCAAGGGGAGCAGGGGCACCCACUGCAGCCAUGCCCCAGCAGCAAAACCCCUUCAAGCUGCCCCAGACCAGGGUCCUGCCCAUAUGAGCAUGCCUGAGAGGGUCAGGGAUGCACACCUGAGUGCAGGGAGUGUACAGGGGCUGCAGAUGGGCUGCUAGCCCAAGCUCCCUGCCUGGUACUGUCAACAGGGAGUGCUGGGGACACCAUUUGCCAUCUAGCACUGAGACUAUCGCAGAUGCAGCCCAAAACAACCUGCUGGGGGGUGCAUGGGGAGAAGGCAAACAGCCAGUUGUGCCUGGAGACAGCAGCUCUCUCAUACAAUUAUUUUAGCAGAGAUUUUUGUUUUAAAUGAAUGUGGGGAAGAAACCCAAACCCGACCUCACAGCUGUGUCAGCAGUGCAUUUUGCACGUCACAGCACUUUUGCUAUACAGGUGAGAAUGUAUCACACUAUUUCCCUGCUUCAGUUAACAUGGGAGUUGAAGACUACUAACCAAACCCUUAAUCAAGGUAAAAGUGGGUAAUGAAAAUGAACACGUUGCAUUUUACAUCAACUUAAGCAGCUUCUGAGGUGAGCAAUAUUCUUCUGUUAACAUCAAGGUUACUAAAGAUUAUUUGCUUAAUGUUUGCUAUGGAUAAUUCUAUAAAAUAAAAGGUUUUUCUUCAAAUCCAGACUAUGGCAAAGUACUUCCUGUUUUCAAAGCAAUUUCAAAAAUGGUGUAUCCCAUUCAAUAAACAGAUCUGACGUGC